CGAAGAAACUGGAACGACGGAGGGACGAUAUGGUCGAGGAGGAAAGAACGGAAACGUAAGCCCCUGUGCUUCGUCUUUGUCGCUCCCACUCUACACUGCCAGUGAAGAAAUCUCUCUCUCUCUCUCUCUCACGGAGGAAGACGCCAUGCCUCGAGAUUAUCAUCAUCAUUCGAAUCUUCCCAAGAUUAACGAGAACUCGACCAUCGACGAGCCCCUUUCUUCCCGCGUCGACAUCUGGAGCCCGAAAGAAGUGGACGGAUAUGGAGGACCGCUGGCGGACGAGGCAGGGGAGGCGGCGGUGGUGGCGGCGUCGACUAGCCGAGAGGCGUCGGACUCCAUCAGGCGUGCUGUGGCGGACGUCGCUCAGGCGAGAUCCGUGCUUGAGGGCCUGGGCGAGAGGCCCGACCACGAGGCGGUGGAGUUCGCCCGAAGCAGGAUCAGGGAGAUCGACUCUCGGCUCUCGAAGACGCUUGAGGAGAUAGUCUUGGCCUCCCGCCCCAACGAAAUCGACCGUCUUCAAUGGCGGUCUCGCCAGGCAGAGAAGGAGAACGAGUGCAGGCAGGAAGCCGAUAAGGAGAAACUGCCGUUCCGCGCGGUGGUUCAGUUGGAAGAUAUGCACGAGGUGUAUACAAUGCUCUUGAGGGAGGCCGAGGAAAAGCUAGAAAAUCUUUACGCUACUGAGGCGGCAAGUUCGGAGUUCUUACCUGUUAGCGACGACAUCAACGAGGAGGUCGUGAAUAUCCUGCGAGAAGCGUCGGAGAGGAACGUGGAACAGGUGGUUCUUUCAGGGCGUAUGCUGAGGUAUCUUCCCGAGGCGUUCGGGGGGCUUCAUAGCUUAGUCGUGCUUAACCUGUCGAGUAAUCAGCUUGAGGCCAUUCCUGAUUCUCUAGCAAGGCUGCAAAUUUUGCAGGAAUUAUAUCUUUCUUCCAAUCUUCUCUUGUCAUUGCCAGACUCAAUUGGACUGUUGCUUAAUUUGAAAAUACUGGAUGUUUCUGGGAACAAGCUAAAAGCACUACCCGAUAGCAUCUCAUACUGCAGGUCAUUGGUUGCAUUGGAUGCAAGCUUCAAUGAGCUUACUUAUUUACCGACAAGUAUUGGAUAUGAAUUGGUGAAUUUGCAAAAGUUUCUGGUACAUCUCAAUAAGAUACGUUCUCUGCCUUCUUCAAUCUGUGAAAUGAAGUCUUUGAGGCAGUUGGAUGCCCAUUUCAAUGAGCUUCAUGGUCUGCCCCUUUCAAUUGGAAGACUAGCAAAUCUUGAGGUUCUGAACCUGAGCAGCAACUUCAGUGACCUAACAGAGCUUCCUCAGACGAUUGGGGAUCUAACAAAUCUCAAAGAACUUGAUAUUAGCAACAAUCAGAUCCAUGUUCUACCUGAAUCAUUUGGUAGGCUGGAGAAUGUGGUUAAGCUUAACCUGGACCAAAAUCCCUUGGUUAUUCCACCGAUGGAAGUUGUUGCCCAAGGUGUUGAAGCCGUCAAGAGGUACAUGGCAAAGAGAUGGGUAGACCAUCUGUUGGAGGAGGAACGUAGGAGCACUUUAGAAGCUAAUGUGCAUCCUCAAACUGGUUUACUGAUGCGCAAUGCUUCAUGGUUAAACAAUUGGGUUUCUGGUCUUGCUGGAGCUGUUGCUGGUUAUUUGGCCGCUGAAACAUCUAAAGACCCCAUGCUCGACCAGCAAUUAUGAGACUUCCAACCUUCCUAUCUUACUGUAUGUUGUUGCAUAUUGCACAUUGGGCUGUAUAGAUACUUUGUGGGUUUUACAGUUGUGAUUUCACUAUAAGACGACUCCUGGAUUUCGUAUUGCAUGCUGGAUUGGCAAGUUGUAAUUAUUAGCCAAUCUUUGGUGCUGAUCGUAUUUGUUAUAUGUUCUUAUCCAGGAACUUGUAUCUUUUCUGGCAGUGGAACCACAUUAAUGGAAUUCCAUUAACAUCUGUUGUCA